AUCUCUCGAGCUGUAUUGGAUGUUGUGUGUAUCAUGAAUUGUGUAAGGCCAGUCGGAAUACAGAACAGGAUAUUAUGCUUCUUCGUAGUGACUGCGAAGCCGGAAGUGCUUCAGGCAGAAGAAAGCUACACCGGGAUAUACUACUGGAUCGAUCAGCCUGGUCGACUCUCAGUCUCAACGAAGGACCCGGCAUACAAUACAUAUCCAUUGCAGUUGCUCCAGACGGCGGUAAUAGACGCAAGCCUACAUUUGAGCGAUGAUCGAUUACAGUCUCUAUCUGGUUACCUCAUCGGAGGAUCUUCCAGCCGGUGCGACGGUGGAGUCGACCGUCCGAGAGGCCGUCCGCGCCGGGGUGAAGAUCGUCCAGCUCAGGGAGAAGAAUCUAUCGACCAAGCUCUUCCUGGAGCGUGCCAAGGCACUACGCGAGAUCUGUCAACCACCCGUCAAGCUGAUCAUCAACGACCGAAUCGAUAUUGCUCAUGCGUCUAAUGCCGAUGGGGUUCAUUUGGGACAGGAUGAUAUGCCUCUAUUGGACGCUCAGAAUAUCUUCCGUGUCCAAGAGAUUAUCGGAAUCAGCGUCAAUACCGUCGAAGAGGCUGUGGCCGCCGUCAGAACCGGCGCUUCUUAUCUGGGCGUUGGAACUUGCUGGCCAACUGGAACCAAAUCGAUUCCAGAACAUAAAAUCAUUGGCCCUAGAGGAAUCAAAACCAUCCGUGACGAACUGGAUCGUUUGGGAUUAUCCGUCCCCUUGGUCGCGAUCGGUGGAAUCAAUGCGACAAAUUUGAUUCGGACGCUAUACGGCUGCACAUCUAACCAUCUCUACACGGAUAGAUAUGCUGAAUCUCCAAUCGGCGUGGCGGUCGUUUCGGCGAUCAUGAAAUCACCCGAUCCAUACCAGUCGACUCAAACCUUGAAAAACAUGAUACAAGAGUUCAAAGGUUGGCUCAGAGCUCCUGCGGAGCCAUUCAGCAAUCCUCAGGUCAAGAUACAACUGAAGUUGGCAGUCGCAAUGAUGAAGUUCCACAGCAAGACUUCGACUCCAUUGAUUCACCAUAUCACCAACACCGUGGUCCAGAACGAUUGCGCAAAUUUGACCUUGGCUUACGGCUGCUCUCCGAUCAUGUCUUCAAAUCUGAAUGAGAUGGAAGACUUGGUCAACCUCACAACUGGCUCCUUGGUCCUCAACCUCGGCACUUUUGAUGACAAUCAAGUCCGGGCCAUGAAAUUGGCAGGCCGUCAGGCUAAUCUGACCGGCAAACCCGUCAUCUUUGAUCCCGUUGGCGUCGGUGCAAGUCGAGAAAGGAAAAAGAAGGCGAAUGAAAUUUUAAACGCCGUCCAAAUGUCUGUGAUCAAAGGUAACCAAGCCGAGAUUGCAAGCUUAGCAAGAUUCAACAGUAACGGGGUAAGUUCAUGUGGGGUUGAUUCGAGUGGAGAGGUGGAAGAACCAGCCCUGUUGGUCAAACAUCUGGCCCGACAAGAACUUUGUGUUGUUGUGAUGACUGGCAAGACCGAUUGGGUCUCCGAUGGAACUCAUGUAUUCCGACUCAAUAAUGGCGUCAGUGAGCUUUCCGGUAUCACUGGGAGCGGAUGCAUGACAGGAACUUCGAUCGGUUGUUUUGCUUCGUUGGCCCAGCAAGAAGUUGUCAAAGAUACCCACUCAGGCUUACUGCUAAACCUAAAAAAUAUACAUCACGACUUUGGCGAAACUCUGCUGGCAUCUAUUUUGGGAAUCUCUACGAUCAAUGUGGUGGCUGAAAUGGUUCAUCAGGUGGAGCACGAAAAGCUGGAACAUGGUCCAAUGAACCUGAAAAUCAAAAUAAUGGAUAGGAUCUCUUUGUCGCGUCAAAUCGAGCCCUUCUGGCAAGCGAUUCAUGCAGACAUCAAGCUUUCCUCGGAUUUCUUUCACGACGAUGUUGCCCAUCAUGACGAGGCUUCCUCGAAUGGCGCAACGAGAACGGAGUAGUCUUGCCCCCCCUUGAGAGUGACUCCGUGGUGGCCUGGAGUGUCAAGCCCUCUGAAUCGGCUGGGUGAUCAUGAUAAUGGGGAUAUCUUUGUCUGAUGCAAUUGAUGAUCUUUGGUCAGAUACAGUUUGUUGACCUUCUCCAAGAGAAAGCACAAUGGCUUCAGCUGUAAAGCUUCAUGCUGAGACCCAUCAUGUCCCAAAUUCAACUCGGCACUCUUGAUAUGUAUAUAUGUAUUGUAGUUAGUGGAACUGCUUUUUCUUG